AUGGCGGACCAAAACAUGGACGUUGUCAAGCCAAAGUUUUGCAGCGAAUUAUUAAGCCCUUCUGACCUGUUUUCAGCUCGAACUCGGAGUCACAAGAUCCCGGCUGUUGGUCAGAAAGACUUCUACCCGGAUGACUCCGAAGAGCAGCGCCAACGUCUGGAGCAAAGUCUGAGCGAGCACUGGAGCCUUGUGUCAGAGGAGCGAGUUGAGAGGCUAGGUAACCUGGUGAAAGCUGUGUGGAUUCCCGAUGAGAAGGUUGUGGAGCUUGAGUCUCCAGCGGGCAAGUUCUGGCAGACGAUGGGAUUCUCUGCCAAUGGCAAGCAGUACCUUCUUCUAGAAGAGGCGCUCUACCUCAUGGAGUGUGGCAACGUGCAGGUCUUCUACCAGGACCUUCCUCUCUCCAUUCAAGACGGCUUUGAAUGGUUUCUGUCUUCCAAUACAAUCAGCCUGCAGCAGUAUCAGGUGUUUGGGCAUCUGAAGAGGCUCGGCUACGUGGUACAUAGGUUCGACGCCAGUUCGGAGACGUCACCGUACGCCAGGCAGCUUAACCUGCCGUUGUCAAAAGGCCAGAAUACGCUGAAGAGGAAGCGCAGCGACAGCCCUGUCGCAACUUGCAGUAAAUCGCAGCAGGAGUGUUCUGUGAAGAAAAAACAACUAGAACAAGGUCCAUCGCUUCCUGAGUCGAAGCCGACGGCUGAGCCCCCAGCCGAGCCCCCUGCUGGUAUGAGUGUAGGCCGGCCGUGGUGGAUAACCAACCCGCUGGCUGCUAACGAGACCAAGAAACCUACCCGUGGCCGCACUUCCCGCUGGGACGGCUCCAUCGUUUUUCCCGAUGUGGCUUUGGCACGCAAUUCCCCUGGCAGCUUUCCAUCUCCGGACCCCUCCUUGCUGCCUGACGCACUGACGGUGGGCUCUUGCAACAUCAAGCUGUGGACGAGGAAGCUCAACCAGAGGAAGGUGCAGAUGUCUGCUAAGGAUAGAGAGAGAGAGCGAAGGAAUAAAAAAUGGAACUGGAAUGUCAAAGCAAACAAACAGGUGCAACAGUGCCGAACCUGGGCCGAGUAUGAUCAAGUAAUGUCGAAGCGGCAAGAGAAAUGCGGCAGGCGACCGCAACACUUAUGGAAGAAGAAAGUCACUCCUUUACACGACCACACCCAACCUAUAUCUACCGGUGAACUACUAAACAAAAUCAGCGUAACCAAAUCCACAAAUUUGCUUGAGGGAGCGUCAAGCUUGGAACCAUCACAGGAGUGGAAGAUUUGUUUUAAUGUUUACCAGCCUGACACGGUGGCCACUUUUAAAAAGAGCAAACCGGGGAAGCCCUAUGCCCGCAUGUGCGUGUGCAGCUUCAGCGGGCCCGUUCCUGACUUGGCGGCCAUUAAACAGCUGAACUUCCAGAGCGGCGAUGUCCAGGUGGUCUUUGCUGUUGUGGAUGCCGGCGACAUCUCCUUUUACACCUUCAAAGACUUCCAACUGCCCACUGACGUGUACCCAUGA